AUGCUGAGUCCAUUGAUUUGCGGAGCAAGCUUCCAGACCGACGAAGACGACCUCCCUUGCGGCGCCGCUUCGUCAUCUCCGUCGCCGAGGAAGUCAUGGGGCAGGCAGCGGGGCGGCAGGAACAACAGCAACAACAACCUGUACGCCGGCCGCGGCCUCGACAAAUUCUCGCAGCUCCUCUCCGAUCUGGCCGAGAAGCGGCGGGAGAUCUACUCCACCAUGAGCUCCCAGGAUCCGCCUCUCGUCCGAUUCGUCUUCCCCAGCGCCACCAGCGACGCCGUCCCCGUCGUCAUCAAGAUUCGAGAUCCGAAACCCUCGAAAUCGGCAGAGCUCAAGGAUCAUCCUCAUCACAAUCACAACCAUAGGAAUUUGAAGCACAGCAAUUCAACAGCUUCCGCGGCCGCGGCGGAGCAAGCAGUGACUAAUUCAACUCCCGAUCAGCAGCACAAGUUGCCGACGGUAGGGGAAAUAGUCGAGGAAUCGGUUGAUUUUUGCGCUGCGGUGACAGGGAGCGGCGGCGACGCGAGGAGAUUGAUUUCGAUCUUCCGCCGAUCGUGGCGGCGGCCGUCUGUUUAUGUCCCCGUGGCGGUGAUUCUGAUUCUGCUGUUUCUGGCGGUUUUCGGGAGGCAGCAAAUCGAGCAGAUCCAGGUAGUUCCUCGGUAG